AUUACUCUGUGACGGCAAACUCCCGCAUCGUGGUGGUGACGGCUGGGGUCCGUCAGCAGGAGGGGGAGAGCCGGCUGAACCUCGUCCAGAGAAACGUCAACAUCUUCAAACACAUCGUCCCUCUGAUCGUCAAAUACAGCCCCAACUGCAUCAUCAUCGUGGUUUCCAACCCAGUUGAUGUGCUGACCUAUGUGACCUGGAAGCUGAGCGGCCUUCCUAAGCACCGAGUCAUCGGCAGCGGCACAAACUUGGACUCGGCUCGCUUCCGCUUCCUGAUGGCGGAAAAACUGGGGAUCCAUCCCAGCAGCUUCAACGGCUGGAUCCUGGGAGAGCACGGAGACACCAGUGUUCCUGUGUGGAGUGGAACCAACGUGGCCGGAGUAAACCUGCAGACGUUAAACCCGGAGAUCGGCACAGAGAAUGACGAGGAGAACUGGUCGGAAACACACAAGAUGGUGGUGGACAGCGCCUACGAGGUGAUCCGACUGAAGGGUUACACCAACUGGGCCAUCGGUCUGAGUGUGGCCGACCUGACGGAGAGCCUCAUCAGGAACAUGAACCGGAUCCACCCGGUCUCCACCAUGGUGCAGGGCAUGUAUGGAAUCAGCGACGCGGUGUAUCUGAGUCUGCCCUGCGUGCUGAACAGCGGGGGCGUGGCCAGCGUUGUCAACAUGACCCUGACGGAGGACGAGGUGUCCCAGCUGCAGGAGAGUGCCAGCACCCUGUGGGACAUCCAGAAGGACCUGCAGGACGUCUAGCCGCACAGCAGGGGGCGACGUAGCUGAGCCCUCCUGCUGUGUUAUCACUCACUAGCACAGCUCCACCUUCAAAACCCCGCCCUCUGUAGACUCACAGGGAGUUUAAUCCCCUCAGAUUUAGCUGUAGCUGUCAGUGUGUGAUGGAGGAAGUGCUGCUCUGACUCAUCUGUCCUCGGCUGUACUGCUGUGUGUCACUCGUGGUGCUUUGGUGUGUGAAAGUUUGUGGUCCCUUUAACAGCAAACUGCAUGGAGUCAGAAAGGCUUAUGUAAAAGGGUCACAUUUAUAAUCCUAUAACGCUGUGCACAUAUAACACAAAGCUCCUGAAGGGAUUUCACUGAAUCACUGCCCAAUAAUUAUUAUUUGGAUGUAUUAUC